CGUGCGGAAAGAGACUCUCGAGGGGUGGGGAAGAAGUGACUUGUGGGAUGCGGCAAGAGAGACAGAGGGGGAGAGUGACUGACACAGAGUGGAACAACAGCGAGAGGAGCGGGAAAGAAAGGGAGGAGAGCAAUAAAACAACCUGCGGUACGGCUCAUUUAGCGCCGGACAGACAGCGGACAGACAGACAGACAGACAGACAGAGGACGGAAGGAAGGACGGAAGGAAGGAAAAGUUCAGACCCCACGAACCAACGCGUGGGAGUGGGAAGCAGGAUCGUGACUGACUGAGGCAAGCUCCACUGUCUGUCUCGUCAUGGCAGAAUAAAAAUCAGCCUCAGUUCCGGAGCGAAUACAAUGUUUACAGCACUUUCCAGAGCCAUGAGCCCGAGUUUGACUACUUGAAGAGUUUGGAAAUAGAAGAGAAGAUCAACAAGAUUCGCUGGCUUCCUCAGAAGAAUGCUGCCCAGUUCCUGUUGUCAACUAACGAUAAGACAAUCAAGUUGUGGAAAAUCAGUGAACGAGACAAGAGACCAGAGGGCUAUAAUCUCAAAGAGGAUGAUGGACGCUUCAAAGACCCCAAUAAUAUCACGUCACUGCGGGUACCAGUUUUAAUACCCAUGGACCUCAUGGUGGAAGCCAGUCCACGGAGGGUGUUUGCCAACGCUCACACCUACCAUAUCAACUCUAUCUCAGUCAAUAGUGACAAUGAGACCUACCUGUCUGCAGACGACCUCCGCAUCAACCUCUGGCACCUCGAGAUCACUGACCGCAGCUUCAAUAUUGUUGACAUUAAACCGGCCAACAUGGAGGAGCUAACGGAGGUGAUCACAGCAGCAGAGUUCCAUCCUCAUCAGUGUAACACCUUCGUCUACAGCAGCAGCAAAGGAACCAUCCGUCUGUGCGACAUGAGGGUUUCAGCGCUGUGUGACAAGCACUCCAAAUUGUUUGAGGAGCCAGAAGAUCCCAGUAAUCGCUCCUUCUUCUCUGAGAUCAUAUCCUCAAUCUCAGAUGUCAAGUUUAGCCACAAUGGACGCUACAUGAUGACCAGAGACUACUUGUCUGUGAAGAUUUGGGAUCUGAACAUGGAGAGCAGGCCAGUGGAGACCUAUCAGGUUCAUGAGUACCUGAGGAGCAAGCUGUGCUCGCUCUACGAGAAUGACUGCAUCUUUGACAAGUUUGAGUGCUGCUGGAAUGGCAAUGACAGUGUGGUGAUGACUGGCUCAUACAACAACUUCUUCCGGAUGUUCGACCGCGGCCAAAGGAGGGAUGUAACUUUGGAGGCAUCCCGAGAAAACAGCAAGCCCAUGCAGGUCCUAAAGCCCCGCAAAGUGUGUGCAGGGGGCAAACGCAAGAAGGACGAAAUCAGCGUGGACAGUUUGGACUUCAACAAGAAGAUCCUUCACACUGCGUGGCAUCCCCAGGACAACAUCAUCGCAGUGGCGACGACCAACAACCUCUACAUAUUCCAGGAUAAAGUGAACUAACUACGGGGUGUCGUGAGAUCUGGUGUGGGGGACUUUGUGUCCCACCUCGCAGCCUCAUCCAGGGUGAUCUGUGGUUAACGCCGACAACCAGCAUCCCUGUCCGUCGCUACUGGGUGACCAGUCUUUGCCACUUUGUUCUAGAUGUGGACAGAGGAAGCCUUGCUCUUGCCCAUCAUCAGCCCGUCAGUGGCAGAGUAACACCCGCCUUGCUGUUUAAGUGAUGUUGUGCCAAUUUCUUUCCCCCCCCCUUUGUUUUUCUUCUAAUUUUUUUUUUUUGCCAGCUCACCUGCCCUUUUUGUCUGGGUUAACAUGGGUAAACCAGUUUAGUUUCCUUAAAAUUCUGAAUACAGACACACUUAUUUUUAUAACUUUUCCCCAAUGGCUCUGUGGUAGAAAAUGAAAAACACUUAUUUAGUAUUUCCCCUUAUUGUCCUGUGCCAUCCUAGUGUUUAUUUUUCUAAGAAAAAACCUUUUUUUGUGUGUGUAUACACCUUUUUAUUAAUUCAUCUGUUAUACUGUCAUAGUAUUCUUUAAGUCUCUUCACAUGUCCCCCCCCCCCCCCCCAUUAAAC